AUGAAAAAUAACACUGGACAACUUACGGUGAAAGAUUUCCAACUAGUAUUAGUUGAGGUGACUCUCACUCUCUUUUUCAGCUUCUUAGCCAAGUGCAAACUCGAAGAGCUGCUGGGAAAAUUAUUUAAACGAGUGAAAAGAAGGAAAUUGAUUUGGCAGUGUGGCGCCUUAGGUGGAGUUGACACAUUAAGCAUCAUUAAGAUGAUAUUGAAUUUCCUUCAAUUAUCUAUCACCCAUCAACUGUCAGCAUAG